AUGCCAUCUUUAUUUCGCGGGCCAGAAAUAAACAGGAGAGCUCAAGUAGAGCUCCGCAAAAGUCUCGACACAGUCGCUUCGAUUCCUCGAGACCAGAGACAUGGAAAGUUCUACCAUCCAAAUGACGUGAAUCAGAUUCUCACAGCUGGAUCAGUUGGCGAGCUCUUCAAGAGUUUUGACUGGUACAAGCGGAAACACGCCAAUGACCUUCGGAACGACAUGCAUUUGAUCAUCUGUAUAUUGAUUUCAAUCGGCAAUUUUGACUGGGCUACGUUCGGGUCUUGCUUUUUUCAGAAUUCAAUCGCAAAGCCGUCCGAAGCGAUCUUCACGGAUGCCGACCUGCCCGUCAGCAGAGACAAGUUUCGUGCCGCGGCGCCCUUCGUUGAGUACUUCCUCGACCAACAAUACGCUUUCAAGCCAGUCAUGAUUACUAGAGGGCCGCACGUGAAGUAUACUGCAUCACAUCGCCUUCCCAUACUUGAAAAGGGACCUGGCAUCAGUGGCUCCCAGGGCACCGUUCGUCGUGUCGAAAUCCAGAAGCACUAUCUGUGGUAUUCUCAAGCUUCAACGAAUGCCGGACCUGCCAUCAUGGCAAUGAAAUGCAUCAGAGCUCGAAAUGAUGCUGAUGCCCGAAACGAGCGCGAAGUGCUCGAACGAUUCAGAUGCAGUAGCAGUCGCAACGAGCGGAUAAUGCAGUGCUUCGCAACUUUCAUGCACGGCGAGGACCUGAUCAUCAUUUCUCCAUGGGCUGCUGGUCGUGAUCUCAGCUUCUUCCUAGUCCGUCCCUGGGAAAUCUUUCAUAACUACGAAGAAAGGUCACACCGCUUUUCACCAUACAACUUGUUCCUAGAGGCAAUGGAGCUUGCCGUUGCACUACGGUUUCUCCACAACGGGCUGUAUCAUCAGGGUCGCCCUUUACUCUGUGCGCAUCUCGACCUGAAACCAGACAACAUCCUCGUCGACAUCUCCCGGAGCGAAGUCAGCCAGCCUGUUGGCAAGUGGAUGAUUAGCGACUUCGGACUCUCCAGAGUGGAAGAGGCUGUCGAAGGCUCACAAGUCGUGACCACGACGGAUGAUGAGCAACGGAACUCGAGAGCGCCAGGUAACAUGCUCCGCGAGAUGUCAUUUCAGCGACCAACGCGCAAGGAGGGAGCCUUUCAGCCGCCCGAAACCAGGCACGAUCAAGCCAGAGUCAGCACACGACGAGAUGUAUGGUCUUACGGAUGCAUCUUAGCCACAGUCAUGGCAUUCGCGAUAGGUGGCCCAGCACACGUGGGAAGAUUGCGCAAGAGACGUGCGGAAGGAGCCGACGAUUUAUUCUAUCACCGUGUUGGUACACGAAUUUAUCUGAAGCCUGGUGUCAUAAAUUGGUUACGUGAACAGCCCGAGAGCUGCGACGAGAUACAUCGGCCUUGGAUCCAAGCGUGUGCAACCCUCGUACCCCAGCUUCUCAACGUAGAUGUUAUUGAACGACCGGAAAUGGACAAAGCCGUCAAUGGAGUGCGGCAUGUCGUCGAUCUUGCUGAAGCAGUCCAGAACGACGGCCGCGUUUGGGAUUUCGAAACACAUCAGUCGUCGCGACCCACGGCAAUGAGAUCAUCGACAUUAGGCGCACCAACGAUUCCCGAUAUGUCAGGGGCAUCGUCCGAUUCUGAAGAAGCGCCAAGAUCACCUGUUCGUACACAACGCGUACGAAGCCGCACGUCUUCUGGCAACCUGUGGCGUUCGCCGCUGAGCGUUUCCUCGAACACAGACGCAAGUCUUACUUUCGCGCUGCUCGUUUCUCCUGAGUCAGGUUGUGUUGCCGCAAAGCUGGAUCCUCAGGGACAGUGCGCCAUGUUAUGGGGUCCAAGCCAAAUCAGGCUCUACCUUGUUGGACCCCUGAUUGAUCUGCAAUGGCAGGAGAGACCAACGCGGAGCCUUACGACAUUUGAAGAAUGGCAACAGCAUGCGAUCAGCUUUGGGGAGCGGACGUACUGCUAUUCGGCUGCUUUGGCAGGCCCUUGGAUUGCCUUUAUUGAGUACGGGCAAAACAGGAGUCCCGUACUCAUUAUACACAAAAGAGAGGCGAAUUUGGACGCAAAGAGUGAGGAAAAGCAACGUUUUGCUCUCACGGAACUGCCACCGGAUACCAAUCUCGUUGUUUCCUCAGAUGGUGUAGUCGCGAUACGGUUCCGACGGAGCAUACGGUUCUAUAGGCACGACCGUCUGCAGUGGCAGCUGUCUCUUCAAGGGGAUUUCUUCAACUCUAUGCAGUUCACAGGUGACGGCAAGCACUUCUGCCUUUGGGAGAGUCAGAAAGACAACCAUUACUGGACUAUAUGGAGACUCGAUGGGAGCAAUAGGCAGAUGCCCACAAAAGUCGGUGGUCGACCACUGGUCCACGAGCGGGCGAAUUCCGCAAUACCCAAGAAAGGGAAGAUAUUGCUGCUUCCUUUCACGGCGAAUCCUCGUUUCGUGGCCUGUGAUGGUCGACAGUUCUUGUACCUUGUCAAGGCUGAUGGUGAGCCGCAGGUUCAUCAGAUGCGACAGACAGAUCAAGCGGCUGCUGGGGUGGUAUUGCUUGGCGAUGCACAAUUCGUGCUGAUAAGACAUCCUGAGGAAGCUGAUCCCUCGUUCUGGAAGUGUCCGCUGGAGUACGUUGAUAGACCUGACUACCGCCCCACGCCCACGCCAGGGAAACUAUCGAAGGACUUCGAUCCCAAAACAGCGGCUAUGGGGUUCUGUAAUUCGGAGGAGAAUGUUGAACGGCCCGUUGUGUUGGUCCUCCUGCGAUCUGGAAAGCUGAUACGCAAGAGUCUCUAA